CUACAAAUUUUAAAUUUUGCAAAAUAACAGCGCAACUAUUAAGGACACGUAAUUCGGUAGAAUGCAUAGAUAAAACUACUGUGCAGAUAUUACCGUAGUAUUGAAUCUACAAUUUUAUUGCGUGGGAUGGCCAGCGUUCUUCUCUCUGAUGUUAUAGUUACAAAAUAUGAUUUUUUAGGUUAUGUUAGACACGUUCCGAGGAGUUGACAUGUACAGCUAAUUUAAUAAGUGAAAUAGAUCAAAAGAGGAUGGUGUUCCUGUCAAGAAUACUGCAUAAUGGGAGGGUUCGAGUCUCUUACAGGAAGUUCAUAGAUUCUUUACGCAUUUAUGUACGCGGUGGUUCUGGUGGCAUGGGUUUUCCAAAAUACGGAGGAAUUGGUGGAAAAGGAGGAAGUGUUAUUGUAGUUGCUGCAGAAGGUGUAACUCUGAAGUCCUUGUUAGAUAAGAAUCCAACCAAGAGAUUUGUUGCUGGAAAUGGAGGUAAUAGCCACAAGAAUAGGAUACUUGGAGAACCUGGUGCAGACAUCACAAUACCAGUACCCGUUGGAAUCACAGUGUUAAAUGAUUUUGACCAAGUUCUUGGGGAACUCAACACAGAUGGCAGCUCUCUUGUGGUGGCUUAUGGUGGUGCUGGAGGAAACCCCUUGACACAGUAUAGCGGACAGCGUGCAGAACCGCUCUCUGUCAAGCUGGACCUGAAGCUCAUUGCAGAUGUGGGACUUGUUGGUUUCCCUAAUGCUGGAAAGUCAACACUUCUGCGGGCCAUUUCCAGAGCCAAGCCUGAGGUGGCUUCAUAUCCAUUCACAACACUCAGGCCCAACAUUGGAGUGCUGGAAUAUUCAGAUCAUCGGCAGAUCACAAUGGCAGACUUGCCAGGCCUGAUAGAGGGUGCACACAUGAAUAUUGGCAUGGGUCACAGUUUCUUGAAGCAUGUUGAAAGAACCAAACUGCUGCUACUGGUUGCUGACAUACAAGGUUUCCAGCUUGGCCCACAGUAUCCCUACAGAUCGUGCCUUGACACAGUUGUACUUCUGAACAAGGAACUAGAGCUGUAUAGAGAUGAUCUGUUGGAUAAGCCAGCAAUGCUUGUGGUCAACAAAAUGGAUGUGGCUGAAGCCCAGUUCAAGUAUGAUGAAGUGAAGGACAAACUGAGAUACCUCGCAGAUGUAGUUGGUGACUAUCCUGAAGAGUUGCGCCCUGAGCGAGUACUUGACUUCACAGAGGUCAUGGCCAUCUCUGCUGAUACGGACCCCAUAGGAGUUGAGAAACUGAAACAUAGAAUACGAGAAGUAUUAGAUUUCCAUGCAGCACUGAAGCAGAAAGAUGUAGAGACAAGUGUGAUCGCUACACUUCGAGCACAAAUGGCUCCCAAAGGCCCACAGAUGCUCUGAAUGUUUAAUUUUCAACAGGAAGAUCUAGAGUCAUAGGUGAUUGUGACAUUUCAAACAUGAAUGAUUCCUGAAGCCCCACAGAUGCUGUGAAUGUUUAAUUUUUUUUCUGCAGUUGGUGACACUGAUGACUGAAUGAAAGAAGAAAUGGAAGACCGUUGAGAAAAUAAGUGCAUAUCUUUUGGCCAGCUUGAUUUUGACAGUUUCUAGCCUGCUUAUUCUGUAAAUAAAGAUAUUAUGAUAUCAUCUUGCCUGCAAGCGUGUGUGUGUGUGUGUGUGUGUGUCUUCUACCUGCUAGUAACUCUUGAACAUGUCAAUGUAUUUUCAUUAAACAUGGUGCAAACAUCAUGUCAUUUGGGUUCACCUAACCUUUACACUUCUUAUUACCAUAUAGUUGGUAUACCAGUAUAGUGCCUGUGCAGACAUUGGCACUUGGAGUGAUAAAUACCAUUUACUGUAGA